CUGUUCAUUUUUUUUCAGCCGCAAAAUGAAUACAUCGAAUUACAUCGUAAACGGUAUGGGCGUCGUCUUGAUUAUGAGGAACGACUAAGGAAACGAAAUGCUCGUGCUGUCCAUAAAAGAUCUCAAUAUGCUAAAAAAAUUCGUGGUGGUAAAGCAAAACUCUAUCAUAAGAAAAGAUAUGCUGAAAAGGUAGAAAUGCGGAAACUAAUUAGGCAGCAUGAAGCUAAAAAGCAAGUUGGCUCCACAAAAAGGCCUGAGCAUGGAGCAGAGCCAAAUUAUUUAUUAGACAGAGAUCAGCAAACUUCAGGAACAGUUUUAUCAUCCAUGAUAAAACAGAAGCGCAAGCAGAAAGCAGGAAAAUAUAAUGUACCGUUGCCAAAAGUAAGGGCAGUAUGUGAUGCAGAAGCAUUCAAAGUCGUGAGGACGGGUAAAACGAGAAGGAAGGGAUGGAAGCGUAUGGUCACAAAAGUGACUUUUGUUGGAGAUUCCUUUACGCGAAAACCAGUCAAAUUUGAACGUUUUAUUAGACCUAUGGGUUUACGUUUUAAAAAGGCGCAUGUCACCCAUCCAGAAUUGCAAACAACUUUUUGCUUGCCGAUUGUUGGUGUGAAGAAAAAUCCUUCAUCAUCACUAUAUACAUCACUAGGUGUAAUUACGAAAGGAACAAUUCUUGAAGUAAAUAUAUCAGAAUUAGGAAUGGUUACACAGGGUGGAAAAGUGGUUUGGGCAAAAUAUGCUCAAGUGACCAAUAAUCCCGAAAAUGAUGGUUGUAUUAAUGCCGUUCUAUUAAUAUAA